AUGUACUAUUGGGGGGCGGAUACUCGACCGGGCUACGGUUUAGUUAAACCGCACAGCCUGCAAACCACAAACGCAGGAAUUCGCUACUUGUGCCCCAAAUCCAGCAUACAAGAUGUAGCAAUCGGGUGUAAACUUGUCGGUUUCAUACGCGGCGAUGGAAAUGUUUCCUUCAUCAGAUUUCAGGGUGAUGGAUCCGCACAAGACGGGAAACUACAGCACUUGGACUGGAAAACGGUCAAGAUAAAAGCCCUCAGCUGUGGGGAGUCUCACGCCGUCCUUGUGUCUUACGAUGGCAAAGUCCUCUGGAUAGAUAAACUAAAUGUCCCCAGGUCAUUACCACAGCUCUGUGAUAAACAGGUGACUCGGGUUGCAUGUGGAGACCACCAUUCAAUUGCACUAACAAAUGAUGGUCACGUGUUUACAUGGGGUCAGAACUCCAGUGGUCAGCUGGGUUUGGGGAAGGAUGAGCCCAGCACUCAGUCUCCAAAGCUCCUCAGUUCUCUGUCAGGGAUCCCCUUGGUUCAGAUCAGUGCUGGAGGAGACCACAGCUUUGCCCUGUCUCUCUCUGGAGCUGUUUUUGGCUGGGGGAAAAACAACGCCGGACAGCUGGGCCUCGGAGACAACACAGACAGGGACGUUCCCAUCAAUGUGAGCAGCUUGAACUUAAAGAAAAUCAUCCUCAUCUCAUGUGGGGGGGGGCACACAGCCACUCUGACAAAGGGAGGUUUAGUGUUCACGUUUGGAUCGGGUUCUUAUGGACAGCUUGGACAUAACUCACUCAGAGAUGAACUUCGACCUCGAAUUGUGGCUGAACUGUGGAGUUCAAAAGUGUCUCAAAUAGCCUGUGGAAGGCACCACACAUUAGCAUUCAUCGAAUCAUCAGAGAAAAUUUACUCUUUUGGAUGUGGAGAGCAAGGACAGCUGGGAAACGGACAGAGAACCAACCAGUGUGUGCCUCUACCCGUUCACCUGUCAACAGAACACAAGUUCAACAGGUCACUUGAGAGAAUUUGUGCUGGAGGGAACAACUCCUUUGCCCUGUGCCAGCAAAUGAGAUCUGAAACAGGCUUAACCAAUGCCAAAGCCCUCUCAGAUGGUCAUAUAGUGAGGUUAGAUGACGACUUGAUUGACAGCUGGAUUUCAGAAUGUGAUACUCAGACAUGGAACAGAAUCCAGAGGGAAAUAAACAACAUAUUUUCGUCAGAGGCAUGUGUAAACGGAAGCUUCCUUGAGAAAAGUUGUGACAAGCAUUUCCAGUCCUCAGUGGAGUAUGAUGGUCUGGAUUUGUCUUUGGCACGUCUUGCGUUUGAGAAGCUGGCUAAAAAGAAGAAAGUCUUAUCUGAGGUCAAAAAGGUGGUUGAGCACAAGCUGCUUCCUUCUCUGAAUCCUCGUCCUGCUGGAGUGGAGGCUCUGAGAGUUUACCUCAUCUUACCUGAACUCCUGAGGGUUCUACGCAAGCAUCAUCUUGGGACUGACCUCACUGUGUCACUGGCCUCAGCCAUUCUCAACCUGCAUCCUGAUUGGCUGAAGGUCCUAGAAAAUUACUGGUCCAGACUACCUGACUUCUUCUUGGAAAACCUAGUUAAGACAUUUCGCCUCCAGUCUCAUAACUUUCUUUUGGACAUGACUAUGAGUGGUCAUCUCAAAUGGUCAAGCUCUCUGGAGAAAACUCUGAAGGUUCUGCAGAAAGUGUAUGAGAUUAAUACAUUGACAGUGAACAGGAAAUCUUUACUGGGAGAUACUUUUCAGUCACUGCGAAAAAAUGCCUUCAAACCAGGGGCUCCACUGAAGGUAAAAUUUAAAGGGGAGGCUGGGAUUGAUGAUGGAGCUGUGUCACUGGAAUUCUUCACUCUCAUUGCUGAGGAUAUCUUGACUGCACAACCCAAGAUUGUGGAAAUCUCUGAGGAAUCCGGUCUUCCCUGGUUCACUUCAGAGGACUGCGGCACUACAGAUGAAGUCUACUUGUUUGGCGUUCUCUGUGGGAUGGCCUUGUACAAUAACUGUUUGAUGAACUUUGGCUUUCCUUUGGCACUUUUCAAAAUGCUCCUGGGUCAGAAACCAACUCUGCAAGACCUGGAGGAGCUAUUUCCCAUUGAAGCCAGGACUUUAAAUGUGUUACUUGAGGAAGAUGAAGAGGUUGUGCCAGAACUCUAUUUGGAUUUCACUGUCAGAGGCCAUGAGGUUGUUCUAAAUGGAGCUCAGAUCCCAGUAACCAAAGUCAACAGGCAGGAGUAUGUGGACCUUUACAUUGACUUUGUUUUUCACAAGUCAGUGAAGCAGCAGUUUGAAAACUUUUCAAGAGGCUUUUCUCAGGGUUGUCCCAUUGACGCAUGGAAAGUGUUUCUUCCAGAGGAGCUCAUGGCUGUUCUCUAUGGCAACACUGAGUACAAGUGGGCGCAACUGAAGGAGAAUGUAACCUAUGAAAAUUUUACACCGACUGAGGAAGUUAUUCAGAAUUUUUGGGAAGUCUUCUUUGAGCUUACGGAAGACCAAAAGAAGCUGUUUUUGAAAUUUGUCUUCGGAACUCAUCUCCUGCCAGUAGGAGGUCUGUCUAAAAUGGGUUUGCGAAUUUGCAAGUGGGUACUGCCUGACCCAGAUGAACAUCACCCCGUGGGUCAAACUUGCUUUAGGAUUUUACGUCUUCCUAACUACAGCAACGUGACCAGUUUACGUGACAAACUUAUCAAUGCUAUUACCCACUGCAAUGAAUUUGGAAUGGAGUAA